AAAGUUGAUUAAAAUUUACAAGUACUUCCGCUUGUACGUCUUCGAAAGCACAUGUCUGAGUAAUCAUCAAAGUUUACAACCCCCUUGGCGCAUAUCAGAAUGCUGCGGCGACAAACUCGUCUGCGAAGGGAAUAUGUCUACCGGAAAUCUGUCGAAGAAAGAGAGCGAGCUAUACAAGAGAAAAAGGAGAAAAUUAAACGUGCUUUGGAUGAUAACACACCAAUCCCUACAAGUCUUAGGAAAGAUGCUGUGGAGCUGAACAGAUCCUUGGCAUGGGAUGAUGAUGGAGGAGAAGGUGUCACAACGCAUGAAGAUGAUGAGUACAGAUGGGCAGGGGUUGAAGAUCCUAAGAUAGUCGUUACCACAUCUAGAGAUCCCAGCUCCAAACUCAAACAGUUUGCUAAGGAAAUAAAAUUGAUCUUCCCCAAUAGUCAGAGGAUUAACCGUGGCAACUAUGAGACCAAACAGUUGGUAGAUGCUUGCAGAGCCAAUGAUGUAACUGACAUAAUCAUCGUUCAAGAGCACAGGGGAGUGCCAGAUGGUAUGACCAUUUGUCAUCUGCCAUAUGGUCCAACAGCAUAUUUCACUUUGAUGAAUGUUGUCAUGCGUCAUGACAUCCCAAAUGUUGGUACAAUGUCAGAGGCCUUUCCUCACCUAAUCUUCCACAACCUUUCCUCCAAGCUUGGCAAACGAGUAACAAACGUUCUUAAAUACCUCUUCCCUGUUCCCAAAGAGGACAGCAGAAGGGUUAUUACCUUUGCAAAUGAUGAUGACUACAUUUCAUUCAGGCACCAUGUCUACAAAUUUGUUGAAAAAAAGAUUGAGCUGACAGAAGUUGGACCACGGUUUGAAAUGAAACCAUACCAAAUAAUUUUGGGCACAAUAGAAGGAGCUGACACAGCUGAUGUGGAAUGGGUCUUCCGGCCGUACAUGAACACCACAAAGAAACGGAAAUUUUUGUCAACAUAAGCACCAAAGUGUGUGUGUGUGUGAGAGAGAGAGAGAGUCAAGAGAGCAAGUCUAAUGGUUGUAAUCACCCUGAAUCCUUUUUUUUUUUUUUCAUUAUUGUUAUAUACUGCAUGAUUGUGGCUGGUAAGUCUACUCUUAGCUGAAUUGUGAUAGUAAUUGGCAUUAAGUCAGGACAUUUGGUUUGAAAUAGAGUAAAAAAAUUUUUUUAAAAA